AUGAAAGUCUAUAAUAGUGAGGGUUUAAUUAAAUUAAAUUUAAUAAAAAAGAUGAAGAUCAGAUUUUCGAAUAACUUUUGUACAAGACCUUUGAAAUUUAUCAUUUCUCUUUUAGUUCAAGCAAUGUCUUUAGCAAAUAUAUUCAACUCUUUAAAGAAUGGAGGUGUCAUUCCAACACUCCUCAGCAAUACUUUUAACCCAAUCAAGGAAUUAACAGUUAGCUAUGGUUCAAAGAUUGUUCAAAUUGGUCAAGUAUUGACUCCAACAGAUGUUGUCAAGCAACCAACUGUCACCUACAAUGCUUCAGCUGGUGAACAUUUCACUUUGAUUUUAGCUGACCCAGAUGCACCAUCAAGACUAGAUCCAAAAUACUCUCCAUGGUUACAUUGGAUCAUCACUGAUAUUCCAGAAAACAAGGUUACUGAAGGUCAAGUGAUGGCAGAGUACAUUGGAUCAGGUCCACCACCCAACACUGGAUUACACAGAUACGUUUUCAUCCUUUGCAAGCAACCAACUGCUCGUCUCAACUUAAAGGGUGAAUACUAUCUCCCAUUGUCGGCUGACAAGAGAAACAACUAUGCUCUCAAUACUUUUAUUAGUAGCAAGGGUCUCGAACCAGUUGGAGCUACCUAUUUCGAAGCAGAGUUUGAUGAAGCCGUUCCAAAAUUAUACGAAGUUCUUGGUAGUUGCAAGGAAAAGGUUAGAUUAUACGAAAUCCCAUUGGGAUUAAUUAAUCCUAAUUAUCAUCAUCAUCCAUCAUUAUUACCUUUACAAAAAGUAAAAGAUUACAUGGGUGGACAAGACGAGAAAUAG